AUGAGUAUUUGCUCGUGUUUGUAUGCUGUAACUCGCAACUGUUCUGUCCUUCUCCCUAUGUCUCUCUCUCUCUCUCUCUCUCUCUCUCUCUCUCUCUCUCUCUCUCUUUGUUCUUUCUCUUUAGUCUAUCAACUUGCUUCAACUUUCUCUCUCUCUCUCUCUCUCCCUCCGUCCUUCCAAUCUGUCCCCGCUGACCUGUCGCCACGUGGCGCUGAGCCAGACCUACAGACUCAGGAUGUGCAAGGAUUAUUGGCCAAAACUUCACGCGUUUUUAAAGCCUCCUUCCAGUCGCGAUCUUCUUCUUCUUCUUUUUCCCCUUCUUCUUCUUCUUCUUCUUCUUCUUCUUCUUCUUUUCCUCCUUCUUCUUCUUCUUCUAGUUGCGAUCUUUACAGUUUUUCUCUCUUUUUCUUUCUUUCUUUUUAUCUUCCCCUCUCUUAUAUCUUUCUUUCUAUCAUUCUUUACUUCUCUUCUCUCUUUCUAUGCAACAUUCUUCCUUUAUUUCUUUUCAUUUUCACAUCUCUUCUAUAUUUCUCUCCUUCUUUGCUUUUUAAUCUUUCUUCACAAUUUUCUGUUCUUUCUCACUUUCCGUCUUUCGAAUUUUAUAUUUUUCUUUCUUUCUUUCUUUCUUUCUUUCUUUCUUUACGCAUUUCUUUUGUUCUACUUCUUUUUUAUUUCUACGUUUAUUUCUCAUUCUUUCUUUGUUUACUCAUUUAUUUAUUUUACGUCUUUUUCUCUUUAAAUCUUUCCAAAUUUAUCUCUCUUCUUUCUUUCUUCCUAUCUUUCUUUCUUUACUCAUUUAUUUUACGUCUUUUUCUCUCUUUCCAAAUUUAUUGGCCUUGUGCCACAAUUAUUUAUUUAUUUAUUGUACUUCUUUUUUUUUCUCUUUACUUCUUUCCAAAUGUAUCUCUCUCCUUCCUUCCUUCCUUCCUUCCUUUCUUUCUUUCUUUCUUUCUUUCUUUCUUUCUUUCUUGCUUGCCUGCAUUCUUCCCAUUAAUCCUUUUUACUUCUCUCCUUUCUUUCUUUCUUUCUUUCUUUCUUUCUUUAUUUCAUUCUUUGCUCUCCCUAUUUUUCCACAUAUUCCGUUCUCUACCGUUCUUCUUUCUUUUUAAUAUAUUUAUUGUUAUACCUUCGUCGCGACUUCAUCUUCUUUUUUUGUUCCCAUUUUUACCUCUUUUUCUCCUUUACAUAUUUUCAUUAUUAUCUCUUCUUUCCUCUCAUUUUAUCAUCUAUCUCUCUUCCUUUUUUUUCUCAUCCUUUCCUUUUUAUCUUUUUAUCUUCUUUUUUCGAACUUCUUACCUCUCCCUCUCUAUCUUUCCUCCUCUAUUUCAUUUUUACCUACACUUGUUUCUCCGUUUUAUCGUUAUUUUUCACUGUUUAUCUCAACCGUUGCCUGCCCAGCUGAAUGAUUAUCGCGCUUAA